GUUGCUAUUGUGAUAAAAAUUAUUGAUAAUAAAUUGAUAAUAUGAAUAACGUUCAUGGUUUUCACAGUGGCCGGCUGUCUGAUAGAACUUUGUUGCUUACUCGUUUAAUAUUCGGCAUUUUCGGUAUUUACGCGUAAGUACCGUGAAGUACAACAUUUUUUCGCCCUGAAAAAUGUUCUGAUACAAGAAAAUAUUAUUUUAAUUGGCUGUAUUGUACCUAUUUUGUCGUGAACAACUAGAUACUGUCCAAGCCGCAAAAUGGUUAACUAUCACGAACAAGACAACGGUAAGCUAAACCAUUAAUAAUUCGUUUCAAUUAAUAUUACAGUUUACUGUAAAUAAAACGUAUAUACGUUUUAAACUACCUAUCUGUUGAUUUGGUUAUUGUUUAUCCGUGUUCAAUUUUUAUUCAUUCAGAUGCCAGUGACUCGGAAUCUAUAUCCAGUUCGUCAUCAAAUAGCAGUAAUGCAUCGUCCCGCAGAUCGAAUUCUCAACCAAGAGGUACUCGUUCUCCUUCGGAUUCCGAACCUGAGUCUGCUGUGUCGAGGUCUCCUUCUAGAAGUCUGUCUGGUUCAACGUCUCCAGUUAAGAGUCCUUCAAAAUCUCCUCCCGGUUCUCGUUCCCCGUCACCCAGUAGUAGACCUUCUAGUGCAGCUUCAGCUGUAUCUGCUAUAUCUGCACGUUCAGCUGCUUCUGCUGUAUCUGCACGUUCAGCUGCAUCUGGACAUUCAGCUGCAUCUGCUGUAUCAGCUCGCUCAGGUGCAUCGGCCCACUCAGAUGCAUCGGCACACUCAGGUGCGUCGGCACACUCGGGUGCAUCAGCACACUCAGGUACAUCAGCACACUCAGUAGCAUCGGCACACUCAGGUGCAUCAGCACACUCAGCGGCAUCAGCACACUCUGCUGCAUCCGCAAUAUCAGCACGCUCAGCAGCAUCUGCUGCAUCAGCACACUCAGCUGCAUCUGCCGGAUCGGCACAUUCGGCUGUAUCUGCCUUAUCAGCUGUAUCAGGACGUUCAGCUGCAUCUGCUAUAUCUGCACAUUCAGCUACAUCUGCCAUAUCAGCUACAUCUGCCAUAUCAGCCCGCUCAGCUGCAUCUGCUAUAUCAGCGCACUCGGCAGCAUCUGCUAUAUCAGCCCACUCAGCAGCAUCUGCUACAUCAGCACACUCAGCAGCAUCUGCCAUAUCAGCACGCUCAGCAGCAUCUGCUACAUCAGCACACUCAGCAGCUUCUGCUACAUCAGCACACUCAGCAGCAUCUGCCAUAUCAGCACGCUCAGCAGCAUCUGCUACAUCAGCACGUUCAGUAACACCUGCAGGUUCAGUAACAUCUAAUCAAUCUGUGGCCAGUGGCAAAAGUGACUCGUCCCGAGCGAGCCGUUCUACUAAUCGUAGUAGAGCUUCAACCAAAAGUAACAAAUCAAAAUCGAGUUCUGCAAGUCCAAAAAGUGUCUUAUCUAAAAAAUCAGGCUCAUCAUCCCCAGAAGUUACCAAAACUGCUGAACAGCCUGAUUCUGAAGAUAGUGAUGGUUCUAUUAUUGGUAGAAAAAAACACCAAAAGGUUAGAAAAAGUUCUAGUAUCUCCGGUAAUGAAUCUUCUGAUAAAGAAGAAAAAGCCAAUCAAAGUGAUUCUGAUGCUUCAGAAAAAUGUAUGUUGAACUUUCAUAAAUUAUUGUAGUUUAAUUUUUUUUUUUUUUAGUAUCUUAUUUAGAUGUUUUUAAAUUAUUUAUAGCACCAAAAGAAAAUGAUCUUUUUGGCGAAGCUGAUGAUAUAAGUUCUGAUGAAGAUCAGCCCAAAACACCCAGGCCAAUAAGUGAUGAUGAAGAUAGAGUUAAAAGUGAUAAUGACGAUAAAAAAAGUGGUGAUGAUGAUGAUAAUGAAAAUGAAAAAUUAGAUGACGAAGAAAAAGAAAAAGAAGUUGAUGAACCUAUACCAGAAAGAAGAAUUGCUGUUGAGAUACCAAAAAUAUCUGUAGAUCUCGGAAAUGAUUUACAUUUUGUGAAAUUACCAAAUUUUUUGUCUGUCGAAACUAGACCAUAUGAUCGGGAAACGUAUGAAGAUGAAAUUGACGAAGAAGAAACUUUAGAUGAAGAAGGACGAGCAAGGUAGUAGAUAUAUUUUUUAUAUAAAAUGGCUCCUUACUAUUUUUAUGUAAUUAUUUGCAAAAUCUUCCUAUUCAAUUUAUAUUUUUAGAGUAAAAUUGAAGGUAGAAAAUACUAUAAGAUGGCGUGAAGUUUUUGACAAAGAAGGUAAUUUACAAAAAGAAAGCAACACUCGAGUAAUUAAAUGGUCUGAUGGCAGUAUGUCUUUACAUUUGGGAUCAGAAAUUUUUGAUGUUUACAAACAACCUUUGGUGGUAAAUAAUUUUAAUAUAUCAACCAUUUAUGAUAUGAUUGAAAAAAAAGUUAUUCAAUUCAAAUUAUUAUUUUUAUUUAUUUUGUAUGCAUAAUUAGUUGUUAUAGGAGCCACAAGAUUUGCAAUUUUAAUAUUAAUUGAUGCAAUAAUAUCUCUUUAAAGAUUUUCUAUUGUUGGUUUACAUUAUUUUUAUUAUUUCAAUACAGUAUUGGUAUCACAUAAUAAAACAAUAUAGCAUUAUUAACAAUUAAAUUGUAUUUAUUUUUUUUUCCAUAGGGAGAUCAUAAUCAUUUAUUCAUUCGUCAAGGAACAGGUUUACAGGGUCAAGCAGUAUUUCGCACAAAAUUGUCAUUCCGACCUCAUUCAACAGAAUCAUUUACCCAUCGUAAGAUUACUUUGUCUUUGGCCGACAGGUCACAAAAGUCCUCAGGUAUAAAAGUGUUGUCACAAGUUGGAGCCGAUCCUGAUGCUAAUAGAUAUGAAAAAAUUAAAGUUAGCUUAUUUUAUAAUAUAAAUUUUGUAAUAAAAUAAUUUAAUUUGAGAAUAUUUACUAAAAUAACUGUUAAUGUUGACAUAAUUCAUUUCUUUGUUUAUUAAUUUUUGUUACAGAGAGAAGAAGAAAAAUUACGUCAGUCAAUGCGUAAAGAAACUAAAGUAAAAAGAGCUAGAGAACGUGGAGCUAAUAGUAGUCUCAGUUCUUCAUAUUUGGAACCUGAAAGAGAAGAUGCUUCUGAUGAUGAAAAUGCUAUAAGCUUAUCUGCAAUUAAGAACAAAUUCAAUAAAAAGUCUUCGGCUAAAGGUGAUUUUUUUCAUUAUGUAUUUUGUGACCAAUCAUUACAUUUUUUUAAAUUUUGAAUAUAUUUAUAACUGAAUAAAUUUAUUAUUUUUUAGUCGAUAAAAGUAAUAUAUAUUCAUCAGAAGAUGAUAGUUCAGAUAUGGACACAAAAAAGAAGAGACAAUCUCGAUUAAUGUCAGAUUCUGAAGAUGAUGAUGAUGAUUAAUAACUAGUAUACAUAAUUAAUUUUAUACAAAAUUUUGACUGUUACACGUACUUAUAGUUGUAGGUAUGUAAGAAAAAAAAAUUAAAUUUACAUAAUCUUGAUAUAGAUUUAAUAAGGUUCAAGUUUGGCAAAUUAAAAACGAAUACAUUAAAAUAAUUUUUUUUUACUUGUUCAGGACAAACUGAUCUUUUUUCUUACAUUUUUAAGAUUAAUUUAAAACAAAAUUAUAUUAUUGUAAUAAAAGUCUAAAAUUAAAUGAAAAAUAAGGUACCUUUUUUUUGUACCUUCAAUAACUUAAGUUUUGUAUAAUAAUACUUAUAAAUUUGUAAUAUUGAUCUAUUAGUAAAUACGAAUAUUAUUAUGUAUUAUAUAUUGUAUAGUAGUUCUAAAUUAGUUAUAAGCUGAUGUUAUGAAAACCAUCUUUUUAAUAAUUUGAACUGAUUUUAUGAAUUAGUGUGCGUAUUCAUUCUUACAUCUGUUUAGUUCACAUCGAAGAAACGUAAAGUCCCCCCCCCCCUCCCUAAAAUUUCUAAACAACUCAUUUGUUUAAAUUAUUUACCUAUUAUACAUACAUACCUAUUAUAGUUGAGUCUAUAUGUCUUUUUCUUAUAAUAGUAUUUAAAAUAUUUACAUAAUAAAAAAAAAAAAAUUAUUUUAUUAGUCAUUGUUAUUAAUUUUGUAUUGUAUAGUAUAAAAUAUAAAUUAUAACUUUUAACAACAAUAUACUUGAUUUGUUUAAUAAAUACUAAAUAUAUAAACAAUAUAAUUUUAAAAAAAUAAAAGCUUUAUAGAACCUUAAAAUAUUAUCAAAUACUUAAGCAUAAUAAUUUUAACAAUAUUAAAAAUUUAUAUGUUUAGUUUGUGACAAAAUAUCAGUUAAUCUUUUUAAAUCACUUUGUGAGCUGACAGUUUCUUCUGUAUGGACAAUUUUUAGCAAAUUCAUGUACUCUGAUUCACUGAAUUCAGCACCUUUUUCUAGGAUCUCUUCCAAUAUUUCCUAUGUGUACAUAGUAUAUUAGAUUAUAUAUAAACGUGUCAAUUUAUGUUACACAAUAUUUUCAGAAGCUAAUUAACAUCAAGGCUGGCCAACUACUAAUGUUAAGUUUAACCAUUCAUUGUAUAUGGCUAAUUACACAUUUUUGAACACCAAAUCAAUCAAAUAAAUUAAACUUAACAUUAUUCCACUUCAAAAACUGUGUCAUUGGACAGCUUCUGAAUAUUAUUACUUGUAACAAUAUUAGAGUUUACAUUCUCAUAUGUUCUAUAUAUUUUGUUUUAUAUUUACCUUUGGCGUGCAAAGCAAUAAUUCAUAGUAAUGAAUAGUUUUUUCUAAAGUGAUUUGAGAUGCCCCUAACAUGGCAGUUAUAUUGUAUUUCAGCAUUGUAACAUCGCGUAUCAUUUUUCUAAUAGCUAUUUCAUCAAUUGUUUCUAUACUGCGAGACUGAAUUACCAAACUUUUAGCCAUUAUUUCACCAAGGCCUUCAAAUAUAUAUUGAACCUUAAUAUUUGAAACUGUAUUUAACAUGGCUUCAUGUAAUGCUGAAACAGAUUGAUUAAGGUCCAAAACUUUGGGUUCUAUUGCAUUUCCAACAGCUGAAUCAAAACUAGGUAACAAGUAGUAAAUACUUUGUGCACGAACCUACACAUUUAAAAUAGUACAUUUUACUAUGUUAUUAAAUAUUAAAUUAUAGCAAUUGCCAUGAUACCUACUUCCAAAUAUAAAUACAAAAUAAUAUUAUCUGAAAUUUCCAAGAAGUCACUGCCUAACUGUUGUAAUGUUUCAACUAGAGACAGAGGUAAAUUAUUAUUAUCUGUUUUAGAUGUGUUCAAUUUAGGAACUAUGUAUUGAUUUGAUUUUGGAUUUGAAAUCUCAUUAAGUUUUCUUCCAAACCAUUCCUAAAACAAAAAUGAUUUUCUAAUAUUUAAUAUCAAAUUAAAAAUUAAAAAUAAGGAUAGAACAUACCAUGCUUUCUGAAAGAUGGGCCAGACAUCGAAGUUGAUUUAUAUUAGAAAUACCAUUCACUUUAAAAUCAAUUCCUUCCAAAUUUUCAAACAACUUAUCAGCUUCUUGGGUAUAUCGUUUUAAUUCAUCACCUGAACUUUUUUUAAAUUUAUUUUCAUUUUCUCUUCUUACCCAGUUAUGCGAUUGUCUGAUAAAAUAAUUUAUAUUAUACAUACUACUAUUUGUUACAUAUAUAUAACUUUAAAAUAUAUUUUAAAACAAAAGUAGUUCUUACUUGAGGUAAUCAACUAAAUCAUGCUUUUGAAUCCAUAAGUGACUAACUAAUUUAGUUGUAUUAUCACAUGCUUUUAUAUUAGAAGCAAAGAAAUUGUCACAUGUUUCUUUGUAGCUUCUACUAAUGCUAACCAUAAUCAUAAGGAAAUGUGAAGCAUAUUCUGGCAUAGUAAUGACUAAUUUUUUUAUUUGACACAUAUUAUUCCAUAUACUAACUGUACUCUAAAAAAAAAACAGCAAAUUAACAUUUAAACCGACUUAAUAAGAAAGGUUCAGAUAUUGUUGCAUUUGAAAUUUUUUUUGAAUUUAAAGCUUAGUAAGUUAUAAAACAUUUGUUUCAUAUUUUUAUAGAAAUACGAGAGUAAAUCUAAAAAGACUAAUACAAAUAUAAUUAAUAAUUAUUUUAAGAAAAUAAUAUUAUUCUGUGGUAAAUAAAAAUCCAGGAAUAUUUAUAACAAAACAUUAAUUUUUGGUGUAAUACUGCAAUUAACUUUCCUAGUUUUUAAUGCAACAAAAUCUAUCUCCCAAUCAUAAUUUAUAGUUUUUAUUAUUUACAGAUAACAAUGGUCUAGAAAUAUUUAAAUCUUGAAUUUGUUCUGGAGUAAUAAUAGCAUGCCAAGCGUCAGCCUGUUUGGUAAUUGAUUCAACUGUAGUUGCAACUUUACUAUGCUGACGAUCAAGAAAAACUGUCCGUAUGUAUUCAUUAAGCCACAAACUUAAAGUACAUGUGUUCCUAUAAAA